GCUCCGCCCACAAUCAGCUGAUCCAGUUUGUUUUGGUUCCUCCUCACACGUGCUUUUACCUCUGGCGAUUUUUAUUUGAGAAAAGGGGAAAUUGAGACGUUUAUGUGUCCGUGAGCUGACAGCAACAAAGAGCAUAGCAUCAUGGGAAAAGUGAGAAGAGUUCGACAGAAGUAUCACUCCAGCCUCUCCAAGAAUACUCCAAAUGCAACAGAAAAUAAGGAUAUGGGCACAGAUGCUCCAAGGCUGGUUCCCAUUGUGAAGACAAAAACAGAUCAGACUGGAAAAUCAAGUGGGAACAUAUUUGCUGGCUUAGAGAUCAAUUUAGGGGGAGCCAAAAAGACUGCUCCUAAGACAGAUGAGGUGAUGGACACCACAGUCUCAGAUUCUGCAGACCAAAGGAGCAAAGGCAAGAGGAUCAAGAAGGGGAGGAUAAAACAGCGUCAUCAGGAUCUAAUGAAAAAAAUUGAUGCCAUCCAGGCAGGCAAACAGGCAGAGAAAGAGCGCAAGAAACGCGAAAAGACGAAAGUAGUAGGUGACUUGCAUCCCAUGCUAAAUGCGCUGCCAACAUUGGAGGAACUGAUUGCAAAUGCCAGCAAGCAGCAGACGAGUACAAAGAAGGGAACAGGUUUAAAGAAACAAAAGGAAGCUAAAAAAGAAUUCAUGAGCGACAUACAGAUGAUGUUAGCUGUUCAUAAGGACAAGAUAUAUAAUGAUGACCCAUUUGAGGCUGUCACCACGGCAGUCAGAAAUCGAGUCUUGAAUGAUCAAGAAGGACAGUAAUAAAACAUAUCGUUUUCUUGAUAUAUAUAUGUUAAAUAUAUAUAUAUAUACAUAUCCAUAUAUAUAUAUACACACACACACACACACUUUCCCUAGAAAUAUAAGUAUAAAAAUAUAAAUAUUUUCUCUACCCUUAAGUUCUGCUUAUAUCACUUUAUGGGUUUUUGUGACAUAUUCCAUCAGUGAGUUGAAACAAUUGUAAAGAAAUAUAGUUUCCAUAUGCAAAAUAAGCCUAGAAAUCAUGCUGCUCCUUUGUUGUGGAGACAGCUAAUAGGUUAUUUAUAAUAUAUAGAAAAAAAAAAAA